AUGAGUGAGAGUUUUCCACUUCGCGUAAGAAGCGCACCUCCGAGAGUGCGCCUACUUGGCGAGCGUGAUGUCGAACGUAAUACUAUAAGACGAGAUCCAAUAUCAUAUCCCGAUCGCACUGAAUCUCCUGGAGGAAGAAGCCGAGAACGCGCGACCACCACCGAGACACAGCGACACUCAACAGACAACGAUGUCUAUCAGGACGAAUACGAGAUAUUGUGCGAGAGGUUCAGAGCUUCGCAUUUAAAAUCCCUGGAAGGAACCCGCAGUUCAACGGAAGCAGGACAUCGUCUCAAGAUUGCUAGUUACAUGAUACAAAACGGCGCCGAAGGAUAUACCGAGCAAGCACAACGCGAAAGGGAAGAUAGUCAGCACGGUGGUGGUGCCAGUUCAGAGUUUAGGGCAGAAAGAUAUGCUACAGAAGGUAGUGAUUCCACAAUGGACUCAACAGGCGGAAUGCGUAGUCGUGUUGUAUCUAACAUCGUAUCAUAUCCUGCAGGUAUUAAUGAUUCCGCCCAGAGAUCAACAGCCAGAGCGUUUGGCGACGACGACUACAAUUCCCUCAUUGGGCGUGCUUAUUUUUCGAACAUCAAUUACGCAUUAAAUUCGACACACGUACCGCGUCCCUCGCAGCUCUACCCCGGAUUUCAACGACACUCGCGCAACACAACUUCAGCUUCGGGUCCAACUCCAACCCCCCAAACCUCCGCACCUAAUAACCUCGGAGUUCCAAGACGACCCACGCGAUCGUCUCUUGCUUCGCAACACUGCCAACCCAGCUUCACAGACUCAUCAGCAUUCGCCGGCCUUAGCUUUUCCCGAGCCGAAUUCGAGAAAUCCAUCCGCAGGAACGUAACCAGAAACAUGAAUCUCAUCCCCUGCGGUUUCGCCUCCGCCAACCCUCCCAUACCAUUCGUAGCUCCCAGCACACUCCGCGACACAUCCAGAAUCCCCCGACAACCAGCUCCCGACCCCCCUAUCUGCGCGGACUAUCGCCCAGACCACCUUUGGAACACCGCCAAUACGCGCAACUGGAUCUACCAAAAUCUCGUCACCUACUGUAGGUUCCCGGAGUCCCACGCUUACAACAUCGUCAUGGCAUGGAUGGGUGGUGGGAUGACUAUCCGUAACUAUACCUUGGUUGGAUGGCAGAUGCUUACCGGCUCAUAUCACGCUGGAUGGUUUAUGUACAGGCGGAUGCUGGGUUCAUGA